AUGACUCAUAAUAUAGUGACUGAAAAUGUAAAUACCGCGGAGGAACAUAACGUGUCUCUGGCGUCUAUUGCUAUUCAAAAGGGUCGUACUGCUGAUGCGAGACACCUAAAAUGGAGUGGAGAUGGAUCAACUGAAGCCAGUUUAGACAGCGAUGAUCUUGAUUGUGACUGGAAAAAAUCAAAUGGUGAUCCUGCUCCGAAAGAUCUUCUGGUGGCAUUCGGGGAAUCUGACAACAGAGGUUCGUACACAGGAUUUCUGUUUUUGGCUUGUGUUAUUGACAAGGUCCUGUCGUAG